AUUAAGAUCCUUUUUAGACUUUUAUUUAUAUUUUUAUACUAUUAAAUAAAAAAAAAAAAAAUUGAAGGCGACCUCUCCACAACUUCUUUCACAUUAACGUCCCUUUCGAGUAAUCUAAUUGAUUAACCUCCAUUUUCAAUCUGGUAGGUCAUCACUCCGAGAGGGGUUAUUUUUUUAAAGAAUCUUCUUAAUCCUCCAAUGGCCAUUUUUGGCGUAUCUGUUGGUGUAUAUAAAUAUAUAGUAUUAUUCAAUUGAUAUUGGAUACAGACACAGAAAUAAAGCAAUGUGCUUGUAAUAAGAAGAGUUGUUGGGGACCAAGACCCGUUUCAAAUGCUAUGAAUUUAUUGCUAUUCUGGUUUUCUUCGGAUUCUGGGCGUGUCUUCGUUUGUGGGUCUUAGUUAGACCCAUCUCAGAUUUGGUGCUGAUCUUCGUUCCAAGUCUGUUUCCCAGAAAUCUGUACCAUGAAAACAAGAAAGAUUUUUGGGAUUUCUCUUUCUCUCAUUCUUAUAAACUUGGCUGCUAUAAUGGAGCGUGCUGAUGAAAAUCUCCUUCCUGCUGUUUACAAAGAAGUUAGCGAAGCUUUUAAUGCAGGGCCAUCUGAUUUGGGGUAUCUUACUUUCAUAAGGAACUUUGUGCAGGGACUGGCAUCACCCCUGGCAGGUGUACUAGUUAUAAAUUAUGAUCGCCCUGCAGUUCUUGCAAUGGGGACAUUAUGCUGGGCCAUAUCAACUGCUGCAGUGGGUGCAAGCCAGCAUUUUUUGCAGGUUGCAUUUUGGAGAGCUGUAAAUGGUUUUGGACUAGCAAUUGUGAUACCAGCAUUGCAGUCUUUCAUUGCUGAUAGCUAUACGGAUGGUGUAAGAGGAACUGGAUUUGGAUUGGUAAACCUUAUUGGUAACAUGGGUGGUAUAGGAGGUGGUGUGCUCGCGACUGUCAUGGCUGGCCAGCAGUAUUGGGGCGUCCAAGGAUGGCGUUGUGCUUUCAUCAUGAUGGCAACGUUGAGUUCAACAAUUGGAUUUCUUGUUUUCUUAUUUGUUGUUGACCCAAGGAAAACAAUCAAUACACCUCGCGAUGCUUGUGAAAGAUACAAUAGGAAUGAGUUGUUAGAAAGGAGCAAUUCUAGUGUAUCUUCCAUUUGGACAGAGUCUUGGACAGCCAUGCAAGCUGUUAUGAGAGUGAAAACAUUUCAGGUUAUUGUUCUGCAGGGCAUUGUUGGUACUUUACCAUGGACUGCCAUGGUGUUCUUCACUAUGUGGUUUGAACUAAUUGGUUUUGAUCAUAAUAGCACAGCAUUCCUCCUAAGUCUCUUUGCUGUUGGAUGUUCAUUGGGGGCCCUCCUUGGUGGAUUGAUAGCAGAUCGAAUGUCACAUAUUUACCCUCACUCUGGUCGCAUCAUGUGUGCACAAUUCAGCGCCAUCAUGGGCAUUCCAUUCUCUUGGUUUCUGCUUAAAGAAAUUCCUCUGUCAGUGAACAGUUAUUUCACUUUUGCUGUUACAGUUUUCCUGAUGGGGCUGACUAUCAGCUGGAAUGGCCCUGCUGUUAAUGCGCCAAUGUUUGCCGAAGUAGUCCCUGUAAAACACAGAACUAUGAUUUAUGCAUUCGAUCGUGCUUUUGAAGGAUCACUCUCUGCUUUUGCUGCACCCUUAGUUGGAAUUCUUUCAGAAAAUAUGUUUGGUUAUGAUUCAAAAUCUAUCGAUCCGGUUAAGGGUUCUGUCCAGCAGGCUUCUGCCCUGUCAAAGGGGCUUCUGUCAAUGAUGACAGUUCCAUUUGGUUUGUGUUGCUUGUUUUACACUCCAUUAUACAAGUAUUUUAGGCAGGAUCGUGAAAAUACCAGAAUGUCAGGUUUAAAAGAGGUAGAGACGACACGAGAAGCAUUGUAAGGAUUAAAUCAUGUGAUAAUUGACACGCAUUGACUUUUUACAGAAUUAUUUUAGUUGAGAAUUGAUACUCA